UACACGUCGACCGCUAUGCUCACAGCUUAUGCCAAAGCAAAACCAGAAGAAAAAGAAGAAGCGCCAAUGGCCAAGGGUCGCAAAUUCCCCACCACGACCCGAACCGACCGCUUCUUGGGAAUGGGAACCUACUCCUCCCAAGCCUCCGCCGCCACAGAGCUGUCGGAGUUCCGGGAAGAGGACGUGUGGUCCACGUCGGAAGACCGUGACAGAGAUGUGAAUGCCUACCCCGGCGAGUGGGAGGCACUCGCGCCGCCGCGUCGUCGGAGCAGCAGGGAGCUGCAGGGGCACCGCCACGUGGGGGGUUUGUCCCUUGCGUUCGAGGAUGGGUCCGGUGGUGCUGGUACGAGGAUCGUGCACCACCAGUACCGCGCGCAGCACGACGCCGUUUCGCACCAACACCAAAUGGCUACGUCAGCACCCGUGAACGUUCCCGACUGGAGCAAGAUCCUCCGGGUCGACUCGCUGCACGAGAUGGACGACGUCUUCGACGACAACAACAACGAGUCGGAGAUGGUUCCGCCGCACGAGUACUUGGCGCGCAGCCGCAAGAUGGCCGCGAACUCGGUUUUCGAAGGGGUUGGUCGCACGUUAAAGGGCCGCGACAUGAGAAGAGUUCGCGACGCCGUUUGGAGCCAGACCGGGUUCGACGGCUGAGUUCCUCGCUCCGGUUCGCUACUUGUAAUUCAAUCGAUAAAUCCUUUAUAAUUACUAUUAUGGUAAUGGGUGGUGGUGGUGGUUAAUUAAAAAUUUUGGGGAAAUUUCAAAAAGUGAAACAAAUAGGAUUUAGUUUUUUGGGGUUGUUAUUAAAAUUGGAUGGGUGAUGGGUGGGCAAUGAUUGGGUUCGGUGGAUUCGGGUUAAGAGAGUCCGAGUCUGUGGCCAGUGAGCCUAAGCAUAUAUAUUGGUGGGGAAAAAUGGAAUUUGAUCAAAAUCACUCUAGUUUUGUUUUUGGAUAAAUCUGUAUUCCAUUUCCAGGUACCACAUGUGGAAGGAUAUGAUGUGAUAAAAUCUGAAAAGGAAAAAUCACUAUUCUGUUUUGGGAUAAAUUUGUAUUCCGGUUCUGCUUGUUAGCAGUACGUAAAUCCACAGCAAACACAUGGAAUUAGAAAGGUAUCAUUCAUUUAACUAGCAUGUAAUCCAGCCACACCUUUGUUUGUGUUCUUAAAUCAGAUAAAAUUGAGGUGUAAAUUGUAAUAAUUAA